AAUGCAACAGCCAGCGAUGAGCAGCUGUAACCUCCCUUUCAUUCUGUGACGCAAUUCAAGGUUGGUAAAGCAUCUCGUUUCUCCGCACGUUAUUUAUCAGGUGUUUCACACUGGCGUUUCCAAUGGCCGGAAAAUUUUCAUUAAUGAUAGGGAUUAUAACUAUCGUUGGUUUCCUGUGGAUAACAUGGAUCUGCUUUUCACUAGUUUUCGAAGCAUAUGAAGAACUUAACCCUGUCCAGAAUGUGUACAGGGAGGACGUACAGACAUUUUACAUCGACAAGACUGGACAUGACGUUCUGGUCUUUGUACAAAUACCCUACACUGGUGCUGAAGAAUUGUCUACUCUGCUACAGAACGGUCUUAUAUAUGGCAAGUGUCGCAGCUGCCAUGGACAACGGGACUGCCCAUGUUAUGUAUAUAGCAGAGAACAGGUGUUAUUUUCCAGCAUUAAACAUCCAUGGCCAUGUGGAUAUUACCCAGCCUUCCGGACGCUAAAGGCAUGUAUCGGCGUCUCACGAAAUCUAGGCAUUCGUCGGAGACCAUUACAGAAAAUGAGAUAUCUUUUUGGGACACUUCUACGGUACCCACCACAUCAUUUCUAUCAUGAAUGGCACGAGGUCAGGACCCAUGGAUGGCCAAAGUGGUCUCAGAUUUCUUCUGCCAAACUGGACAAUGCAAAUCCAGAAUGUCGUGCAAUGUCCAAGGGGAAAGAUGUCAGUUUUAAAACUUUCACUAACUGUCCACAGAAUCCCGCAUUCAACAGACAAACACGAAUGUUAGCAAAUAUUUCCUUGGGCGAAUGCCUUUCUACCACAAGAAUGUCCGAAAAACAGUGUUAUGAUAAAAUGUUAACUAGUGCCAAAGAUACCCUUGAACAUAUGCCAUUCUUUGGAAUAACGGAGUAUUUGUACAUGACCCAAGUCUUGUUUGAAGAGACGUUUCAGUUAAAGGUAGUCGAUAAAUAUGUUCAUGUAAAGCAUUUGAAAACAUUCAUGUCUUUAGACAAUAUUUCACGUGAAGACAUGGAAACUAUUUCUAAUCUCAACAAAUAUGAUUUCUUGUUGUAUGAUUAUGCACAGGAGUUAUUCUUUGAACGAUAUGACACUUUAGUCACUUUAAAGAUAACUGAAUAAUAACAAAGAGGGCAAAGAGGGUUUUAAUGUUUCGUCAUAUAGCUUCAAUAAAUCAUGCCUACAUAGUAACAAGACCUCACUGUUUUAUGAUCGAUCAAAGUCGUUAAAAUUUUCAGCCCUUUCGUUUGGCCUUUGCAAAUAUAGCAACACAUGUACACAAUCAAAUAUAGAGAUUGUAGAAAUGCUGUUUGGGCAUGUAGGAUGACACCGCUAUAUAGCCUUGGAUUGUACAGAUGAGAUUAUAAAGACCCUGUCAAUAUUUCAUUAAUGUGUAUAGUAGUGUAAUUCUCCCUCAUGAGGAGUCAGUGGGUUAAUACAGUGCACAGAGCGUUCACGCCCCAAACCAAGGGUCGAUUCCCCAUGUUGGUAUAAUGUGGUAAUGGUACACUACUUUGUAAUUCCCCAGAAAAGAAAGGGAUCGGCAGCUUUGCAUCAGCUGCAACUGUGGUACGCAUUCAGAAACAUCGAGGGUACUGUUUCAAACGAUGCUAGAUUCGUAAUGGUGUCAGUAUGAUCACCAAAAGUAUGUAUACAAAGUAUAGGCGUCUUCUACAUCAUAAAAUAUUACACAGAAAUCCCAAACUGUUAAACUAUUACCUACGAAUGAAGCCUGUUAUACCAAUCGGUUUUGUGAUGAAGUGGUUCCAUGAGAUGAUUUAGGAUUUGGAUAAGUUGCAGUUAUGCUGAAAAAAGUUAGUGUCCGGAUCAGGACUCCGGUGAUCAGUUUUGGAUGAAACACGCAAUACAAAGUAGUUUAGUUGUGCACUGGUAGUUUUUGAUGAGUUGGGAUGUUUAUGUUGUUAUGUUUUUGAUUUCUUGGAAAAUUAGGAUAGUGUUCCGGAGCAGAUCUCCCAAACUGUGGAAGGUAUCUUGGUGAAACUUGCUACACAGAUCAGUCUAGUGUUGAUCGCGUUCCUGGUGAUGAAUUUGGACAUUGAUAAUUACUGAACAACAUUAUUGUGUUACUCACUGAACUGAAGAUGGCCAAUGGUAAUGAACCAAAAUUGGUGUAUUAAUAUCCAAAAUCCAUUUUCCUUAUUGCACCAAAUAAGAGCAUAUGCCAUCACCCGGAGUCUCCAAGUUACUAACUCACGAUGUACCUUUUGCUUUACAUCGAAUAAAGACACGUCCAUCCCAAAGUGCUUAUGUCAUACAUUCUUCGUUGUACGUAACUAUAUGUUAGCAACUUUAUGUUCAUCUGUUCCUAUUUCGUGAUAGAUUAAUAGCUCUAAUUCUUUAUGGAUAUUUUCAUUGGGAAACGAUAUGAUUUCAAAUAUAACAAAUGACACAUUUAAGGACUUGCAACAUCACAAUCCACAGUUAAUCUUCAAGAUGUUCAGUUAGAUACUUUGUUUCCGUCAAUAUCUCAAAGCCAAAUUUCAUAAUCUCACUUACUAAUUACGAUGGCAUUCAUUCUGUAUUAAGCUGACACAUCGUGAUAUAACUCAAAUACCUUCCCAAAGGCAUCAAACCAAACGACGUUCUAAAUUACUGCAAAAGGCUACUUGUUUUAUUGAUUGUUUCCACACGUUCAACUCCCCUGCAAAACCCACCCAACUGAUCUGCAAUGCAAGUACUUUGCCCACAGUAGCAGAUUUAGCAUUUUGUUUUGUGAAAUAUACUGCACUACUGGCCAUGAUGUGGUCUCAACGAUUUGAUUGAUGGGAAGGAUAAAAAAAAUUCUCCUUAGGUGGUGCAUU